AUGGCCAACCACAUUGGAACGGUAGUGUUGCCUGGUGAUGUUUUAAAAGAUAUUAAACCUCCGGAUGGAAGUAAGAAGCUCUUGUUAGGACCUGGUUUAGUUGAAGAUGGGGAUGUUAUCAAAGUAUGUAAACCGGGAAUAUUAAGAUACCGCGAUCCUGGUGUAUACUGGCUUGAUUGUCACCAAAAGCGGUAUGUUGCAUGCAAGGGAGAUCAAGUUCUUGGAAUUGUUACCCAGAAGAAUGUAGACAUGUUCCGUGUAGAUAUUGGUUGCAGUGAAUUGGCCAGUUUAUCCUACCUUUCAUUUGAAGGAGCAACAAAAAGAAACAGACCUGAUGUUAAAGUGGGAGAUGUGAUUUAUGCAAAAGUUCUGGUUGCUAACAAGGAUAUGGAACCAGAACUGGUGUGUAUUGACAGCUAUGGACGCAGCAGUGGAAUGGGUGUCAUUCGAGGAGGUGGAUUCCUUAUACAUACCUCGCUGAAUUUGGCCAGAAAAUUAUUAAACCCCCAAUGUGUGCUGAUGAAGGCACUUGGUAACAGAUUCAAGUUUGAGAUUGCAGUUGGCAUGAAUGGAAGGAUCUGGUUAAACACACAGAAUGAUGUGCAGACUAUUGCAAUAGCUAAUGCAAUUUUCGCUGCAGAGUAUAUGGACAAUGACCAGAUUACAUCAAUGUGUAAAAAGCUUUCCAGAGUUAUGUCAGGGAUGGAGUGA